AUGGUUCAUAUUUCCGACCGGAACCUACUCCCACAGCCACCGACAGUCUCGAUCGCGCAUGGUGAAGGUGCUGUUUCUUCCGCGCGCGAAAAUCCCAUACCGAAUGGCAAGAAGCAGCGUAUUGGUGUCCUAAUAUGUGGCCCUCCGUCCAUGCUGCAUGAUACCCCGGAUCGCCGCAGCGCUGGCACAGAAGCGGACACUUGGUGGUGA